AAAUGAAUGGAGGCCAUUAGAACACCCGGUUUUGGAGAAAGGAGUAUUGGACAUCCGUAACAUCAAACUUCAAGAUGGCGGACGGUAUCGAUGUCAAAUAACUAACGGGUUAGGCGAGGGUCUUCAGAAGACUGUAAGCCUUGUUGUUCGAGUUUACAGGUUUGGCGAUGUGUGGCGCUGAUAACUUAGCGUUAUUUAAACCACAAUGACCGUAGAAAUACGCCAUAUUUGAGCUAGUUGUGUUUUGUAGAAAUUCGCUGUGAUAGGAAUGAACUUUUUGGUCUGUAGCUAAGCCAGUUUUAUUAACCUUUACCACCGAGAAAAAUCCUAGUGAAUAUCAAAGUCCACCAUCCUACUCCGUAGUUUGCAGAAGAUAACGCGUAAAACUCUCACGUUCUGGAAACAUGAAAGACAACGAAGGCUCGCCAAUGAAGAUCUUAAUAUAUGCUGCUGUCUUCUUCUCGAGCGUUAUUGGUCAAGUGCCUCCAAGGAUACAGCCUUUUGGAUUUCCAGCUUUCGCUGAAGAAGGUAAACAAAUCCAGUUCAUUUGCGGAUUAGAGACGCACGACACUGGUGCUGAUUUUAAGUGGUUUAAAGAUGGCCGACCUUUGCACUCAGGCGAUAAGUGGACAAUUCUUUCUCCUGGUAGAGUUUCGGUGUUAAUAUUGAACAGUGUGACCACAGAAAUAUCGGGAAACUACACCUGUGGUGUCCGAAAUUCAGUUGGUCAAGAUGAAUUCACAACCGAACUUAGAGUUAAAGGUCCUCCAAAAUGGAAAUAUGAACCUACUGACCUAGAGUCGGGCAUUGGAGAAACUGUGACGUUUCGCUGCAGUGCUUGGGGUUUUCCAAAACCUAGCAUUUCGUGGAUGAAACAAGAAGUAAAAGGAAACUUUGUCCAGGUGCCAAAAGGCUCCGAAUCUGAAGAUACAUUUAUUAUUGAAGACGUCAGUCAGGAUGAUGCUGGACUUUACACGUGUUUAGUGACCAAUGGAAUCGGUGAAAGCCUGAAAAAAACAUUCACAUUUUCAGUUAGAGGUACAAUUUAAAUGAAUAAAUGUUUUUCCUUGAAGAGUGUCAAAAAAAUCUCUUUCUCCGAGUUAACAUUUGGCAAUAAGUUAAAAAAAAGGAGAGUUAGAGCGCCACUUCUUUUUGUCCAUUCAUUACAACCUUAUUCAGCUUGCACACGUAUUACUAAAGUGUUCGGUUAUACGAGCUACGAAAGAAAUGUAAU